AUGGAUGUUGAGUUGCUACCGCUCGGAACAAACGACAUCGAGUGGUGCUCAAAAACGACAAUCGACCAUAUAAAUGUGGAGCCCAUCUCUUCCUUACCAUCAGCAGCCAUAUCAGAAAUGAUAAGCAAUCACGAUAAUCUUAACGAUCUAAAACGCAGUGUAGCCAAGUUGCACCGUCCUAUCAAAGACGAAACACCAUUCCAUGCAGAGGAGUUAGAGCAUGCACUCAUUUUGUGUUUGUCCGCAGCCGGCCAUGAAUCUUACCCUCAAGAAUACGCCGCUUUAUCCGCCGGAAAGUAUGUAAAAGGCACCUCCUGCCUACGAAAAUUGAACCCAUUCAUUGAUGAAAAUGGGCUGUUAAGAGCCGAAGGCCGCCUCAAACACGCCGAUAUCUCACUGGAAGCUCGCAACCCCGUAAUAUUAGGACUAAAUCACCACCUUACAGAUCUCAUCAUACGCGACGCGCAUCAAAAGGUACACCAUUCAGGAGUAGAAUGGACCCUAAGUGAGCUGCGAUGGAAAUACUGGGUGCCGCGUGGCCGCCGACAAAUCCGGAAAAUAUUAAGCAAAUGCCGCGAAUGCCGUCUAUCUCGCUCUCGUCCGAGGCCCCCUUUAAUGGCAAGCUUGCCAAAGGAACGGCUUCAACCGUUUCUACCAGCGUUUACAAAUGUGGGCUUAGACUUCUUUGGCCCACUAUAUGUAGUGAUUGGAAGAAAGUCAGACAAGAGGUAUGGUUUAUUAAUCACUUGUCUCGCAACACGAGCCGUCCAUCUAGAAGUAGUAUGGUCGCUAACCAGCGACGCGUUCAUCAAUGCUCUACGCCGCUUUAUAAGCGUUCGCGGCAAACCCGCCGCUAUUUUCAGCGAUAAUGGCACCAACCUGGUAGCAGGAGAAACGGAACUAAGCGAUGGAAUCAACAAACUCAACUCAGAAAGGGUUACAACACACGCAGCUGAGCAUAACAUCAAAUGGCAUUUCUCACCCCCUUCCGGACCGCAUUUUGGCGGAAUCUGGGAAAGGAUGGUUCAGUCUAGCAAACGAGCACUCCGCGCGGUCCUCCAAAACCAGUCAGUCACCGACGAAGUGCUUCAAACAGUGUUUAGUGAAGUGAUGUCUUUGUUAAACGGACGGCCUCUCACCAACGUCCAUAUGGACCCUAGCGAACCCGAAGCCCUCACGCCCAACCACUUCAUCCUCGGUCGUCAUGAACCCCAUGUUCCGCCAACUGUCACAGAUGACUCUCAUAAACUUACCCGGCGGCGCUGGAUGCAAACGCAAUUCAUUAUAGACCAAUAUUGGGCUAGAUGGAUGAGAGAGUAUAUCCCAAACUUAAUUGAACGGCAAAAAUGGUUCCGCCAAACACAGCGCCUUGAAGUAGGAGACGAAGUCAUAAUAAUUGACGAAAACCAUCGUCGCGGGGAAUGGCCAGUUGGAAUAGUGAUAGAGACCUUCCCCGACAAAGAAGGCGUCGUACGAAAGGCCGUCGUCAAAACUAAAACUGGCGAAUAUCUGCGACCUGUAAUUAAACUCUGUGUCAUUUCAGAAAACAAUCUGCAGCCGGAAUAA